AUGUUUAGUGUGCUUCAGUUUAGUGGCGAUUUCUUGAAUGAAGACAGAUGGCAUAACUGGAAGGUAUUGCGUGGGCGUAGUAGUUCCGAGAAACGCUUGUCUGGUGGUUCUCAAUGGAAAACAGCAAAGAAAGCACUUGCGCACGAAGAAAAUUUUACCACUCGAGUUACUCACGGUGGCCGCCAUGCAAGUUUAAUGGAAGCCGAAGGAUUAAUAAUUCCAUUUGACCUGAUUAAGCGUGGUGGAGGAUGGAAGGAUUGCCUUGGUCGGUUAGAAAUCCACUAUGUUGGUAAGCUCCCUUCUCCUUUUGCCCGAGGUAUGGCUGGUUUUUGGGAAAAACCAUUCUCUUUAGCAAGAAAUACGGUUUCUCCGUCUCUGGAGCUUCAAAGAACAAUCUUUCCUUUGAUUGAAAGUUACUUUGGUGUUGUUCAAGAUGUAAUAGCAGCUAUCAACAGUCCUUCUAUUGGUAGACUGGAAGAGUACGAAGGUCUUGUUCCAAAUAUAGUCGACACAAACAAAGAGGUGGCCAGACGAGUUGCAAAAGCUACCCAGCGAAUUUCACAUAUCCAACAUCAACAAGACAACAGAUCCGAAAAAUCCGAAAAUUCUUUUAAUAAUUACGUUAAUCAAAAUAAUCAGCAAAACGCUCUUAUGAUUAACAUGACCCAACAACUGACAAAAGAUUUAAGGAUUCUUAUGAUGCAACAACAGUGCCUGAAUUCACAGAUGCAGCUAAUGAUGGCCACCAACAACGCUUUCACAAACUCAAAUGCCAACACAAAUUUGACUGAGAAAUUCGAGAGAUAA